AGGAAGUUGUGUCAUGGCAGCUGUUUCUCUACCCCGACGUUUGAGUUAUGCUGUAUUAUAAUGCGCUUUCAUACACUGAGAGGACAGCAGUGUGAUUUUAGUGAAGUAAUGAGAUGACACUACUGCGACCAUAUGCAAACGUAACUAACGUUACUGCGUAGAUCUACAUUAAGCAGUGAACGAUGGGCAACGGAAUGAAUAAGGUUGUUGAUGGUCUCUAUCUUGGAAAUAUAAGAGACUCAGAGAAUAGAGAAAAUCUGUCUCGUCAAGGCAUCACCCACAUCCUCUCUGUGUGCAACAAUGCCAAGCCUGUAUUAGAGGACAAGACCUAUCUGUGCAUUCAUGCAGCUGAUGCUUCCAGCCAAAAUCUGUCUCAACAUUUUAAAGAUUGCAUACGCUUUAUUCACGAGUGUCGACUCAAUGGAGGGGCGUGUCUAGUUCAUUGUCUUGCUGGAGUGUCUCGCAGUACAACCAUGGUGGUGGCUUACCUCAUGACCGUCACCAGUUACAGCUGGGAGGAGUGUCUGAGCGCCGUAAAGGCUGUGAGAUCCUUUGUGGGCCCAAAUUACGGCUUUCAACAACAGCUGCAGGAGUUUCAGAUGAAACAAGUUUCAGAGUACCGGGUGUGGCUGCGGGCCAGCUACAGACCUAGUCCCUUUAAAGACCAGGAGCAGGUUCAAGCUUUACUGAGUUUAUACACAGAGCAACAGCAACAGGCCCAGCAGCGUGAAGAAGAAUGGUUGAAUCAGUCCUCUAGUACCUGCACACUGCCCAACAACAAAUUCAGCAGACCAGGCAGCAACAGUUGAAAGAGGUGCUCACGCCCGUCCUCCAGAGUUCAACUGCUUUAACCUCUGCUGAACAGUAUCGCCACAUCGGACGAGCCAAAUUAAAGACCUUAAAUCGGUUACACUAGACUCAAAUGUGCAUGUAAUGUCAAAACACAGAUUGGCGUAAUCAAAGUAAUUGAAGUGAAGCAACAAAAGAUUUUUCUUUCUCUUUUUUUGGUAAUAGCACUAAUAAAUGUAUUUCAUUAA